GGCGGUGGUUGUGACAACCAGCAGGGUCAUCAUCGGGCUGCCACCUUCCCUAAAACGAACGCCGCUCGCCUACGCCAUACAGACGGGCACCGACACGGCGUGUUUCAGGAAGAAGUUGGCGCCCUUGCGCCAUAUCGACUAUUAGUCUGCUGGCUACCCAGAAAACAUGAAAAGUCGCCCCGGUGGGAAGUUUGCUGGACGUCGGCGUUGAAGAACUCGACGAUGGGCGACAUGGAAUUUAGUGUUCCCCUGUCAUCACUGGCCCUCCUGGUGCCGCCACUGCGGCUGAUGUCAGCCGGGAUGUGGGAAGUGGUUCGCCAGAGGAACAUUAAGCACUAUGGGAAGCUGGAGGAGUUCGUAUCCAUGGUUACGGACGCAGUCCCUGACCUCAUGAGCAAGAGAGAGGGGAGACUGUUGUCGCUUGGCCUGAGGGCCAGGACCACUCUGGAAUUGUUGCGUUCUGAGCAUCCCGAAGAUCUGAAAGCUGUUGAGACUCACCUUAACAGGAUCCGAUCUUCUUGCAUCGAGGAGACGAAUGAUCCUGUGAUUGAAGCACCCGAGGCUAACUUCAUGAAGCUAGUACAGGGCCUGAUUGAAGACACGGAUGGCCGAGAACAUUUCCUCAAGAACGUGUUUCCGGUGGAGUACGGUCCUGACUUUGACACAGCACUGGAGACACUGGUUUGUGAAUUCUUUACCAGACUGGAGGAGCUGCUGCCAAUACCAGAUUUCAAGCAGACUGCAUCUUGGCUCAGUGCUGCCCCCUCCGUGCUUGAGGAGUACAUGCAGUGUGUAUCAAACGGCGAUGACCUCAAAUUUCUUCUCCAGAGCAAGCAGUGUCACGGGAAAUUGGCCAAAAAUACUGUCGCUCCAUUUCAGUCAGACGAUCUUCUCAUCCCCUCGCUGUCUCUGCCCCCCUCCCUGGAAGUGGCCAUUGCGUCCCAUCCCAGCGCUUGCGACGACGUCACCAACGUUCCUCAGAUAGUCAUGUUUGACGAAGAGCUGUCCACGAACCCUUCCACCUCCACCAACUUCCCGGAUUCGCCAAAAAGAGAAACUGAGAUGUUGCCCUCGCCCUGCCGCGGGCAGCAGUCCGGAACGCACAAGUGUCCCGAGUGUGGCAAAGGCUUCAAGCAUCACUCGGUCCUGGUGGAGCACCAGCGAGUCCACAGCGGUCUGCAGCCGUACAACUGCUCCGAGUGUGGGCGGGCUUUCCGGACAGCCACGCUGCUCGCCGGCCACAGGCUGCGCAAAUGCAAAAACGCCGCGUACCUGUGCAUUAAAUGCGGCAACAGUUUCCCCACCUCCCUGGACAAGUUCCGACACCACUGUCCGAAACGGGGCCGCAGCUAUGACUGCGUGCACUGCCGGAAGACUUUCCCGAAGUCCAGCAGCCUAAAGGAGCACCUUCUCACGCACGUCCAGAGCCGUCUUUUCAAGUGCAGCCACUGCGGCGAAGGUUUUUCGGGCAUCGGCGACCUGAAGUACCAUCAGCAGGUGGAUCACGACAAGCCCUAUCAGUGCAAGCAAUGUCGGAAGAGCUUCAUCUCCUCCAAGUGUCUGGCGAAGCAUCAACAACGCCACGAGGAGUUCGGCGAAACGGAGGCAGCCAAAUUGCCGAGUGGGGGUAAACACAGGAAAAGCGGCGGCGCCCAUCGGAUCUCCUCGUUGUCUCUGUCGAUCUCCUCUAGGAAACUGACCAUCAAAUCGGCCUACCCUCGGGGACGAGUCACUCACAACUGCCCACUCUGCGGAAGGAGCUUCAAGUACCGGUUUGAGUUUCUGGAGCACCAGCGGUUCCACACGGCCGUCAAGCCCUACAAGUGCUCGCAGUGCGGCAAAGCCUUCCGCACCGAGACUCACCUCUCGGGACACAGGAAGAGGAAGUGCAAGAACGCCGCCCACCUCUGCACCAAGUGCGGCUGUCACUUCCGAUCCAUACACGAGCGCGUCAGGCACCAGUGUGUGCAGCUGCUGACCAAAUACGAAUGCUCUCACUGCGGCAAGGCCUUCAAGAUGGCCCACCUGCUGAGGAACCAUCAGAUGACGGAGCACCAGCUUCCCUACAGCCCCAACCACCGCUUCCGGUGCCGGUACUGCGACGAGACCUUUCCUGGGAUCAGCGAGCUCAAGUACCAUCAACGCGUCGACCACGAGAAGCCAUACCAGUGCCAGGAGUGCGGCAAGUGCUUCCUGUCGGAAAAGUGCUUGUCCAACCACGAGCUGCGCCACAACGACGACCGGCCGGAGAGCUGCCUGGUGUGCGGCCGCGGCUUCCGGAACCGCUACGACCUGAAGCAGCACAUGCGCACUCACACCGGGGAGCGCCCCUACCAGUGCACGCACUGCGCCCAGUGCUUCUCCACGGCGGGGGGCCUGAGGAGCCACACCCGGGUCCACACCGGCGAGAAGCCCCACGUCUGCCCGGACUGCGGCAAGGCCUUCUCGCAGAUGGGCGCCAUGCGCACCCACAGGCUGACGCACACCGGCGAGAGGCCGUUCAAGUGCACGGUGUGCGGCAAGGGCUUCACCAUGGCCCACAAGGUGACCGUGCACAUGCGCGUCCACACCGGAGAGCGGCCGUACGUGUGCUCGCAGUGCGGGAAAGCCUUCUCGGACGGCAGCGUACUCAAGCAGCACAUGCUCAACCACUCAGGGGUGAGGCCCUUCCACUGCCAGAUCUGUCCCAAAACAUACACUUGCCUCAACCACCUCCGGCGGCACCUGAAAAGCCACUCCAGCAUCAACUGACUCUUGCCAGGGAAAAGACUACCAACUUUUUUUUCCCCCCUCCCUUCCAAUCAUGUUUAUUAUUUCUGAGAGACACCAUUAUGUCACGCCCGGUCAUCAAACCAAAAGUAAACACCGCGGGGGACAUUUUUAUCUGCGUCGUGUGAAAACCGAAUUGUCUUCAAUUCUUUUUUUUAUUCCUAUUAUGUUUGCUGACUUUGUGAGACUUAAAUUAAAUGACAUCAGUUCCA